UUCGUUACUGUUGAAGGUAAACGAUGCCUGAACCAGCCAAGUCCGCGCCCAAGAAGGGCUCCAAGAAAGCCGUGACCAAGGCCGCCGGCAAAGGAGGCAAGAAGAAGAGAAAGACCAGGAGGGAGAGCUACGCCAUCUACGUAUACAAGGUCCUAAAGCAGGUCCACCCCGACACCGGAAUCUCCUCCAAGGCCAUGAGCAUCAUGAACUCGUUCGUCAAUGACAUCUUUGAACGCAUUGCUGCUGAGGCCUCUCGUCUGGCUCAUUACAACAAGAGGUCCACCAUCACCUCCAGGGAGAUCCAGACCGCUGUGCGCCUCCUGCUGCCCGGUGAGCUGGCCAAACACGCCGUGUCUGAGGGUACCAAGGCCGUGACCAAGUACACCAGCUCCAAGUAAACUCCUGUGGUCCUAAACCUGAAUCCAAAGGCUCUUUUAAGAGCCACC